GGUGAGAUUUCCACAGCUAUUAAUUCCUUCAAGGAAAAAAACGACAUCCACGUAUGCCGUUAACGCCAACCGCAGAUUCGGUGCAAGGCUUUUUAGCCGAACCACCAAAGGGGUGGGAGAACUACCGGUAGCUGAUCCUUUGUUGGUAUGAUCCGUAUAUAUUGAGCUGGCUAGUUACUCCAGCAUAGAUACUAGCUAGUAGAAACCCUAUCUACGUAUAAGAGAAGCUCCAGCAGUAGAACACCGGCCAGUGGUGGCAAUGGGGCAAUCGAAGCCGAGAGCGGCAGCGGCAAGGCCUUAUUGGCUGUUACUUCUUUGCCUCGCCCAAGCUGCCAUCGCCGGCGUCAUGCAAGCUCGUGCCCAGCCCGAUAGCAACGGAUUCAUCAGCAUCGACUGUGGCCUCCCGGGGACGACGGCCUAUGUGGACAACACCACCAAGCUGGCGUACGCCCCGGACGCCGCCUUCACCGACGCCGGCGAGAACCGCAACAUCUCGGCCGAGUACAUCACCCCGGGGCUCGCAAGGGGCUACCACAACGUGCGCAGCUUCCCCGACGGCGCGCGCAACUGCUACACCCUCCGGUCCCUCACGGCCGGGAACAAGUACCUGCUCCGUGCGGGCUUCAUGUACGGCAACUACGACGGCCUCGACAGGCCGCCUGUCUUUGACCUCCACAUCGGGGUCAAUUUCUGGACGACGGUGAUCGUCUCGAGCUCCGACACUGCACCGUGGCAGUCGGAGGCCAUCGUCGUGGUGCCGGACAACUUCGUGCAGGUCUGCCUGAUAAACACGGAUUCCGGGACGCCGUUCAUCUCCGGGCUGAGCCUGAGGCCUCUCAAGAUCUCUCUCUAUCCGCAAGUGAAUGCGAUGCAGGGGCUCGUCCUGCUCACCAGGCACAACUUUGGCGAGGCUGGAGACAUCGUCGUCCGGUACCCUCACGAUCCAUACGACAGAAUAUGGUUCCCUUGGUUCGACGCCACCAUGUGGGGCCGGCUAUCAACGACGCAGGAUGUGCGGAUUGAUGACACAUUCGAGGCGCCGUCGAAGGUGAUGCAGACGGCCAUCACGCCUCGUGACGCCUCCAUGAACAUCGAGUUUUCCUGGGACUACACCUGGCAGCCCAAGGGCCGGCCGUCGCUGGGGUACAUCCCUAUCAUGUACUUCUCCGAGCCGGUGCCCCUAGCCGGCAACGCCGUGCGCCAGUUCUACAUUAACAUUGACGGCGAGCUGUGGUACAAGGAAGGUUUCACGCCAAAAUAUCUCUACAGCGUCGCCGUCUACAACACGGGCCCCUAUGGAGGCAGCAUCCGGUACAACGUCUCCAUCAACGCCACCGCCAACUCAACGUUGCCGCCGAUCAUCAACGCCGUCGAGCUUUUCACCCUCAUCUCCUCCGCCAACGUUGGCACGGACUCGCAGGACGCAGUAUCCGCCAUCACGACGAUCAAGACGAAAUAUCUUGUGAAGAAAAAUUGGAUGGGUGACCCGUGCGUUCCGAGGACUUAUGGCUGGGAUGGGUUAACAUGCAGCUAUGCCAUUUCCGAUCCUGCAAGAAUUACCGGCGUAAACAUGUCCUUCAGCGGUCUGAACGGCGGUAUAUCGUCUGUUUUUGCAAAUCUCAAGGCUGUCCAAUAUGUGGAUCUGUCGCACAACAACCUGACAGGCUCAAUUCCUGACGCCCUGUCGCAAUUACCUUCACUAACAGUGCUGGACUUGACGGGGAACCAGCUCAGCGGAUCAAUCCCCCCCGGACUUCUCCAAAGAAUCCAAGAUGGCUCCUUAAAUCUAAUAUAUGCCGAUAAUCCAAACCUCUGCACGGACAGCAAUACAUGCCAAACAGAGAAAGGAAAGAGCAUGCUAGCCAUCUACAUCGCUGUUCCUAUGGCUCUGGCUGUGGUGAUAGUACUACUAUUUUGCUUGCUGCUGCGGCGAAAAAAGCGAGAUCUGCCGAUGCAUUCAGAGUCGAUGAACACCUUUGUGAGGCGUCGGAGCGAGACUUCGACGAGCCUUGCUCCAACAAGAGACGAGCACAUACAUGACUCCCUGCAUCUUGAGAACCGCCGGUUCACGUACAAGGACCUGGAGAGGAUCACGAACAACUUCCAGCGAGUGAUCGGCCGGGGCGGCUUCGGAUACGUCUAUGAGGGCUUCUUGGAGGAUGGCACUCAGGUGGCGGUGAAGCUGCGGUCUCAGUCGUCCAAUCAGGGUGCCAAGGAGUUCCUCACGGAGGCACAGAUCUUAACACGGGUUCAUCACAAGAAUCUCGUCUCCAUGAUCGGUUACUGCAAUGAUGGGAAGUACAUGGCACUUGUCUACGAGUACAUGUCAGAAGGCACCUUGCAGGAGCACAUUGCAGGAAAAUCCUUAACUUGGAGACAGAGGCUCCGAAUCGCACUGGAAUCAGCGCAAGGGCUGGAGUAUCUGCACAAGGGUUGCAACCCACCUCUCAUUCACAGGGAUGUAAAAACAACCAACAUCCUACUGAACGCGAAACUGGAGGCUAAGGUCGCCGAUUUUGGCUUGUCAAGAGCUUUCAAUCACGACGUCUCUACUCACAUAUCCACGAACACGCUUGUUGGCACGCCCGGAUAUGUCGACCCAGAGUAUCAGGCAACAAUGCAGCCGACCACAAAGAGCGAUGUGUACAGCUUCAGCGUGGUGCUGCUAGAGCUUAUCACAGGGAAGCUCCCCAUCCUGCACAACCCUCAGCCGACCAGCGUCAUCCAGUGGACACGGCAGCACCUGGCACGAGGCGACAUCGAGGGCGUCUUGGAUGUUUGCAUGGGGGGCGACCACGACGUCAACAGUGCGUGGAAGGCCAUCGAGGUCGCGCUCCAGGGCACCGCGCAGGCGUCGACUCAGCGCCCCACUAUGACCGACGUGGUGGCGCAGCUGCAGGAGUGCCUCGCCCUUGAGGAGGGCUGCACAGGGGGCAACACGGAAGGUAGCGGCGACCCGAGGUUCGGUUACAGUGUUCACGUUGCUGAUCGAUCCACUGAUGCCAGCCAGGGCAGCAGUGCGUUUGAAGUGGAUCAUAGCUUUGGGAUGGGCGUAGGUCCUGCCGCAAGAUAAAUGCUUAGUUGAUGUUGUUCCACCAAAGCAUAUUGCAAUAUUCCUACAUUUAAUGAGGGAUUUUUUUAUUCCAGUAUGUAAUUUACUCCCUCCAUUAAAAGUCUUUAAUUUACUCCCUCCAUUCAUGAAUGUAACAUACAUUUCAACACAUG